AGAGAGAGGGAUACAGGAACUGCUGGGGAUACAGACUCUGCUACUACACCGCCGGCCUCGGAUAAGCCCGAGCUGGGGGGGAAAUACAAGUACAGACACACAGUGGAGGGGGAGAGAGCCCCAGCCUCUUCCCUCCUAUCGGGCCGCAGGCUAUGUGAAGUAAAGAUGAGCAUCUCGGAGCCCCCCGAGGCGGGAGAGAAACGGUGAUCGGGACAAGAUGACCGAGGAAGCUCCCCCGGAGGAUGACAGCUACAUAGUGCUCGUGAAGGCGGUGGUUAUGAGCAGAGAUGACUCCAGUGGGGGAUGGUUACCACAUGAUGGAGGUGGACUCAGCCGUGUUGGGGUCUCUAAAGUCGUUUACCCAGAAGGCAGCGGGAGAUGUGAUUUUCUAAUUCACGGGGAACGAUUGAAAGACAAAGUGGUCUCUUUGGAAUGCUAUUUAAAAAAGGACUUGGUCUAUUUAAAAGCAACUCCAACAUUUCAUCACUGGCUGGUUGACAACAGGAGGUUUGGCCUCACUUUUCAAAGCCCUGCUGAUGCCCGAGCGUUUGACAGAGGAGUCCGCAAAGCCAUCGAAGACCUCACAGAAGGAUCCACAACAUCAUCUUCCACAAUUCAUAAUGAGGCUGAACUUGGUGAUGAUGACGUUUUUGCUACUGGUACAGACAGUUCAUCAAAUUCCUCACAAAAGCGGGAGCCGCCAGUGAGAACAAUCGCAUCUCCGGUAUCAAGUGGACGUGGCCGUUACAGCACUCUGAGCCAUAUCGACGUUUACGGCUUGGACCACUAUUCUACAGAACAAUCAAUACAUAGACCACCUCGACACGUCAGCUUUCCAGAUGAUGACGAUGAAAUUGUUCGUAUCAACCCAAGAGAAAGGAACUGGCUAACAGGAUAUGAAGAUUAUCGUCAGGCACCCAUUCACCGCAAAUAUGCAGACACAGAAAAUGUGGACUCUUAUGUCCGGUUUGCCAAAAGUGAAUUAUCAAAACACGAUUACAAUUACCCUUACGUAGACCACUCUGAUUUUGGUGUGUGCAAGGACCUAAAGAGCACAGUGAUAAACACUCAGCCCUCCAGGUCCAAGUCUAAAAGAAAAGAUGGAGAAAGGUCCAUAUGUACUUAUUGCAGGGACAUGUUUAACCAUGAUGAAAAUGGACGGGGCCAAUGUCAGGAUGCACCUGACUCUGUCCGAACCUGCAUUCGCCGGGUCAGCUGCAUGGGAUUUGCAGACUGUGUGCUCUACCACUGCAUGUCUGACUCUGAAGGGGAUUACACAGACGCUUGUUCCUGUGAUACCAGUGAUGAGAAGUUUUGCCUGCGAUGGAUGCUUCUUAUCCCUUUGUCCAUCAUUGCACCAGGCAUGUGCUGUUAUCUCCCGAUGCGAGCAUGCUAUAAAUGUGGUGUUAUGGGUGGGUGCUGUGGAGGAAAACAUAAAGCAACUGGGUGACGUCAGGCAUCACAGGACUUUUUUUGUGUAUCUUUUGUGGUUGUUUGGGGAGCACCUUGGAAUAAAACAGUGGUUCCAACAUUUCGGUGUAAAUUACCCAUCUUGAAACCCGUUAUACUAUGGCAGCAGAGGAUUCAUCUGAGGUUUCUAACAAACUAAUUUUCUACUGAGAAAGAUGUAAUACUAAAUCGUUAGAGGAGGAAAGGAAAUGUACUUGUUGCCACUAAGAAAUCAGAUAUCAAAUCUGAACACGGCGACACUAAAUGAAUCGCUCCUCAAGCUUAUCUGGAGUGUCACCUGUAAAUAGCUUUGGCACUUCGAUAAAUAUGGUAUGCUAAAUCCACCACUGCUAUGCUUAUUAAAAAUGCAUAAAGAGUUAAUAUGGAGAGAAA